GGAGAAAAAGUUACACAAACGUCAGGAUUUUGUAACGCACAUAUUAGCUACUAUUUAAUUGUUGCCGCUCGUAAUUGAGCCACCAGUGUCUUCUUAGCUUUACAUCGGACUGAACAAACCGAGCGCUGAAACAAAGAGCUUUGUUUUUUUAUUAACAAAGAUAGAAUAAUCGAGCAAUUUAUGAAUUAUACAAGGACUACCAACAGUCGUAUAUGUUUGGAUUACUGAAAGUGAAAAUGAAAUAAAUACAAGCAACCGGGAUGCAUUUUUUUUUAUUAAAUAACAGAUAAAACGCUUGACGGGUUUAGGUCUAGACGGGCGCGAGAGAUUUGGGUAGUGACAAGAAGACAGAAGCGCGCCCUUAAAAUAUGGAGUUGAAUUCAGUGAUUUUGACCACUGGAUCUUCGGUAGUUUUUUUCAAAUUAGUAAACUAUGGAGUCGGCAAACUUCCCAUCCCCGAGACAGCUCAGAGGAACGUUUGGAAAUGGAAAAACAUCUCCACGUCUUUCGUGCACAGCCUCCUAACUGGAGUGUGGUCUGUGCUUUGUUUUUGCAUGCAUCCCCAGAUGGCUGAGGAUUUGAUAGAAACAUACUCCGUUUUCUCUCACGCCUUGGUAUCUGUAUCAAUCGGGUACUUUAUAUAUGACUUCUUUGAUAUGGUUAUCAACCAGAAGAUCAGUCAUUCAUGGGAGCUCCUUUUCCACCAUGUAGUGGUGAUCACCUGUUUCGGGAUCUCUGUGUUGACCUGUCGGUAUGUGGGUUUUGCCGUGGUGGCUCUGUUGGUGGAGAUCAAUUCAAUCUUUCUGCACCUGAGGCAAGUGCUCUGCAUGGCCAGCUUGGCCAAAAGUACAUUUUACCGUGUCAACAGCAUGAUAAACCUGGGCACCUAUGUAGUGUUUCGCAUCAACACUCUGGCCUGGAUGACCCGCUGGCUGGUGCUCAAUCGUGACCUCGUCCCCCUGAUCAGCUACACCAUCGGCAGCGUGGGUCUGGCCAUCAUGACCGUCAUGAACAUUGUGUUGUUUUACCGCCUGAUGAGAAGUGACUUCAUGAAGUCCAGCCGUGAGAAGGAGGCGAGGAAAGACAAGGAGAAAGAAAUGUAGGAAGAGGACUCUUCCCACUCCAGCUUCAGCUCCAACCAAAUCCGCUCUCAUCGCCACCAUUCCCAGACUUUGGGGGAAAAAGUUCCUUUCAACCUGCUGACUUCAUUCCUGUAACACCUGAUCGCCGACUAGAUCAAAGUUUAGUCAUUUUAAAGACCUCAAGCUGUGCUAAGAUUAGGAUGGCUGUUGUCACAGGUUUACAGUUGUCUGACAUGGAUGACAUAUAUUUACACAUGCAACCUUAUGCUCAAAUACUCCUGCAUGAUUUAUACAAUGACUCAAAACGUUAUAAGUUCUAAUGAACUGGAUCUGUUUACCUUUUAUCAAAUCAUAUGCUACCCCAUGUAAUGUAUACAUUAUCUAUUAAAUGUAAGCAAAUAUUCUGCUCAAAUAGGAACUGCAUAUGUGGGAUUUAAAAAAAUGGGGGAAAAAAAAUAUAUAUAUAAAGUUUGGGUACCUCAUGAGCUUGUAGCAGUAUCACCCUAAUUCUAUAUAGUUUUUAAAUGGGCAGUUCGCUCAAAUUAAAAAGUUAUUUCCUCUGUGGAACACAACAGGAGACGUUUUGUUCAAUGUUCUCGCUGCUCUUUUCCGUACAAUGUAAGCGAAUGGUGCCCGGGACUGUCAUGUUCCAAAAACAACAUAAAAGUACUGUAACUUCUGAAGCUAUAUGACAGAUAUUUCAAUUUUGGGUGAACUGUCUCUUUAAAUCUGAUGGAAUUCCAUUAGAGAUUGUUUUUAGCUGAAAUUCUCUGUACUGACUAGUGAUAAUGAAUGAAAUCACCGUGGACAGGAUGUGCCCAGUGUUCACUACUGGAUGGGGUCGGAUUUAAUUCGCUAAACAUGACUGUAGUUUUACAUUGUGGAUGAAUACCACUAUUCUCGAUUGAUCUGUUGCCCUUUAAGUGGAGAAUCUGAAUGUCGAUGCUGGAGUCUUCACAGCGGCUAUCAGGAAAACACUCCUGCUCUUUCUUACAAUGAAUCGGAACAAUGCAUGUGAGGUUUGAGAUCUGACAGGACUGUCAUUGCACAAAUCAUGCCUGUAGGUGGCACUGCACACACACAACAGAGACCUCAUGUUAGCUUAUGCUAAUACUUAGUCUAUAGAGUGGCGAUGAUUAAAGCAGCAUUUAUAUUGCUUUAAAUGAGCUGAAAUCUUUU